GCUGGGGCGACAGACUGUCAACUCAGAACAGUGGCAGUGUGUUGGCAGGGAGACGGUGGAGGGUAUAUCUCCGCAAUGCCAAAUAAAAUGAAAAAGGAGAAGGAAUCUCCUAAGUCUGUAAAAGCUAACAAACCAGGAGGAGAAGAUGGACAAGAAAAUUAUUCUGAACAUGAAGACUCCAACAGGAAGAACAAUGCCAGUAAUACCCCCCCCACCACACAGCUCCUGAAGGGGAAGCAGCUAGGCCCACAGACGCCUAUCAAGAAGGAGAAGAGGCAAAGCUCCUCCCGCUUUUGCCUCAGCAACAACCGAGAGCUGCAGAAGCUGCCUGCCUUAAAAGAUGUCCCCCCCGCGGAGCAGGAGAAGCUCUUUGUCCAGAAGCUGCGGCAGUGCUGUGUGCUCUUCGACUUCGUCUCGGACCCGCUGAGUGACCUGAAAUGGAAGGAAGUGAAGAGGGCGGCUCUGAGCGAGAUGGUGGAGUACAUCACCCACAACCGCAGCGUCAUCACCGAGCCCAUCUACCCCGAGGUGGUCCACAUGUUCGCAGUGAACAUGUUUCGGACGUUGCCGCCCUCGUCCAACCCCACGGGGGCGGAGUUCGACCCUGAGGAGGACGAGCCCACGCUGGAGGCCGCCUGGCCGCAUCUCCAGCUUGUCUAUGAAUUCUUCCUAAGGUUUUUAGAAUCUACGGACUUUCAGCCAAACAUAGCGAAGAAGUACAUUGACCAGAAGUUUGUGAUGCAGCUUUUAGAACUGUUCGACAGCGAGGACCCUCGGGAGAGAGACUUCCUGAAAACCACUCUGCACCGGAUUUACGGAAAGUUUCUGGGCCUGAGGGCGUACAUCAGGAAACAGAUCAAUAACAUAUUCUAUAGGUUCAUUUAUGAAACAGAGCACCAUAAUGGAAUAGCAGAAUUGCUGGAGAUAUUAGGAAGCAUAAUCAAUGGGUUUGCCUUACCGUUGAAAGAGGAACACAAGAUUUUCCUGCUGAAGGUUUUGCUGCCUUUACACAAGGUCAAGUCGCUGAGCGUCUAUCAUCCGCAGCUGGCAUACUGUGUGGUACAGUUUCUAGAAAAGGACAGCACUCUCACAGAACCCGUGGUUAUGGCUCUUCUCAAAUACUGGCCAAAGACUCACAGCCCAAAGGAGGUGAUGUUCCUGAACGAGCUGGAGGAGAUUCUGGACGUAAUCGAGCCGACAGAAUUCGUCAAGGUCAUGGAGCCGCUGUUUCGACAGCUGGCCAAGUGCGUCUCCAGCCCACACUUCCAGGUGGCAGAGAGAGCACUGUACUACUGGAACAACGAGUACAUCAUGAGUCUCAUCAGUGACAACGCAGCCAAGAUCCUCCCCAUCAUGUUCCCCGCCCUCUACCGCAACUCCAAGACCCACUGGAACAAGACCAUCCACGGUCUGAUCUACAAUGCCCUGAAGCUCUUCAUGGAGAUGAACCAAAAGCUGUUUGAUGACUGUACCCAGCAGUUCAGAGCAGAGAAGAACAAAGAAAAGGCGAAAUGGAAAGAACGAGAAGAGGCUUGGGUGAAAAUCGAGAACCUUGCCAAAUCAAACCCACAGUUCAUUGUGUACAUCGAUUCCUCCAGCCUCAACAGUCCAGUAGAAAUGGAGACGGACGGUCCGUUGAUAGAAGACGUCGCAAUGUUAAAAAAGACUGUAGAGGAAGAAGCGACUCAGCUGAGCAGGGACCAGCAGAAGGAGCGGCCUCUGGUGCGGCGCAAGUCCGAGCUGCCUCAGGAUAUCUACACCGUCAAAGCCUUGGAGACCCAUCGGCGUGCCGACGACAUGCUGACCACCCACGAUGGACACUAGGCCCCCGGGCCCCCUCCGCAAACCGCCGCCUCCAACGCCCGCACGUUCCACUCGACCGGCUCCUCGGUCGCCAAACCACGCCGCCCCGGUCCGGCAGAACCCAUCGCAUCGAAAGCAGCGGUGCUGGAACAGGGCAGGGUAUCACCCCAAUCGUCCAAUCACACCACCCCCCCCUCCCUCUCUCCCCAGUGUGGACGCAUGACUUCGCCAUCCCCCUCUGCUCCAGUCAUUAGGGUUUCUGCAUUCUCAGGUGUUCCAUUUGAUUUGAUUUCUCCUUUUUUCCAUUUCCUGUGACCUGAAUGUUACCUGUGCCUGGAUUGUACAUUUUCUUGUCAUUUCGUAAAAGUAAAAAAAGACAACAAUAAUAAUAAUAAAAAUAAGAGAAGCGUUUUGUUUUCCCAUCCGAGCUCUGGUUCCGAGAACUGUGCUGGGUCAUCCACAGACGGGGAUGUGCACCAAGGGGAGGUGGUCGCUGGCUGUUUUUUUUUUUGCCGGCUUUCGAAGGGAACAUACCGGAUAAAAGUGACACUUUGGGGGACAGACUUUUCACUGACCUUUUCUUUUAACCCCAGGGACGGCACCAAGAGCCAAGAGCUGACUGUUUUUGUUCACCCCGGCAACAGCUUUUUUUCUCCCCCAAUGGGAUGGAUGAGAAGUGAAGGAGGGUUAUGUGCGGAGUGUGUUUCUCUGACUCUGGUGUUUUUAUUUAAGAUAUUUCCUUUUGACGUGUCAUGCUAAAGAUGACAGAAGUGGAUCCCCCCCACCAGAGGAUUUCCAAGAGGAAUGAUCCCCCCCCCGGACAUCAGUAGGAAAUACUUCAUUUUGUGCCAUACCAAUUGCUUGUAACAAGUAAAAAAAAAAUUUUUUUAAUUGCAUUUUAACUUUGGAUUUUCGGCAGGUUCUUAGGCCAUAGGUUUACCUAAAAUGGAGUGUGAGUAUUUGGUGGUUCAAACAAUGGUAAACCUCUUUUUAAGAGCAAUGUGUUGGGAGUGUGUCAGAUUUUUUUUUUUUUUUUUUUUUUGGCGUUUGUACAAAGUGUAUAAAAAAAAGACAAAAAGGCAUGUUUCUUUUAUGGGUUUUGGAACAUAUAUUUAAGUUUUCUCUUUUGUAAGUUUGACUCUUUUGUAACUUAAAAAAAGAAGUUUCCUUUAUUUUUGUACCACUGAAAAGGACUGUGGGUGCUGUAAUAGCUGUGGGCUGUGGGAAGCUGUUCCUGCUGGAGGUGGACCAUAGACGCACCAAGUGCCAUAUCGCUGAAAGGGCCUAAUCCUAUCCGUGAUAGACAUUGAGAUUCUUCUGGAGGAGGCCACUAUACCCCGCCACCUUUAGGGCAUGACUCUGCAGAGUUCCUCUCCCCAUGGGGAGAAGACACCCUUGCUAUUGAAACAAUGCAGACCCUAACUGACAAAACCAGGAAGUAGAUGUGUCCAGAACAAGACAUCAAAACUAACAGGUUUGCUGGGGCGAGUUUGUUCCCAUCAAAGUAAAGCUCACACCCAGGAAAGGACUGAAUUCAUUAGUAGAAAUGCACAGCCUUUCUUUUCGUAGUGCCUUUAUUGUAAAGUUAUUAUGAAAUAUUAUUCCCUAAUAUUAAGAGUCAGAAUGGAAUUCAAUGCCAGACAAUAACAAUGUAUCCAAACUUUUCGUCAAACUGUAAAAGUGAACAUGCAUGCACUCUCUUGAAUAGAAAUAUUUAUCCAUGCUCAUCUUCAAAAACAGUAUACCUGUUGGGACUGCACUUCUGGAACAUUCCCGGAUUGAUUCUCACUGGUUGAUUCGCAUGGAUAAAUUUGUAACAUUAGAGACGGCACUAGGUGAAAGCCCGUUCAACUACCUACAGUAUGAGCACUUCCUGUCAGACUUGAAGAACGCCCUGAUGAUGGAUCCCGGCUGAAAUAAGUUGUCUUGCUGCCAGCCAUGAUUACUCAAUGUACUCCUUCCCAUCCCAGAGGUGUCCCAACACAGAGAGGAGAAGGUUGGUGUUCUUUUAAAUAUGUAUGUGUCUGUACAGCUACCAUUGUUUGAACUUCCACCUCUGUUAAACUGGUUGUUUCUUCUCUAGAGCUGAACUGUUUCAUGUGUUCAGUACGUCUGUGUUAAGUGAUUCCUGGACGCUUGCAAGGUUUUUAUUUUCUCUUUGGAGCUUGUUGUCAAUGUUUGGUUGAAUGUGUUCAGUGUAAAUUAAACUGCAUAUGACCACUUUUGGAAUUUUA